AACAGCUUCAUCAGAGUAUCCUUUGGCUGGCUAGAUUAUUGAGAUCCGCCUUUUGUGUUGAGUGCGACGGGGAGUUUUUGUUUUGGAAUAUAAUACGCCUUAAACUCAUCCCUUCGCUCAGACCGCAUUCUUUCUCUGUCACAAUGUUUUCCGCGAAACCUGCGGGCGGCGGCCUUUCGAUAAACACCAAUUCUGCCAAUUCUCUAUUUGGCGGUUCAAACACCCAGACGACUUCCACAACUACACCAGGGACAACAAGCACGACACCAGGUCUUUUCGGUAACCUUGGAAGCUCUACAGCGCAAUCCAAACCUGCGGGUGGCUUGUUUGGUAAUGCGACCGGCGGAACUACACAACAAAAUCAACCUUCUGGGACGAACAUGUUUUCAGGCUUAGGAGGACAACAAAGUAAUACAACCGGGGGAGGUUUGUUUGGAAAUACAGCAACUACCUCUCAACCACAAUCAGGAGGCCUUUUUGCAGGAACUGCAGGCGCAAACGCAACGCAGACCGGGGCAACGGGCGGGGGCUUAUUUGGAGGUGCUUCCACAGCUCAGACUCAAUCAAAGCCCUUGUUUGGAGGGUUAGGAGCUUCCACUACAACCGGCGGAUCGCUAUUCGGCGGAAACCAAAACAACGCGCAGCAACAGCAACAGCAGCAAGCUCAAAAGCCUACGUUAUCUUUGUUCGGGAACCAGAGUACCACAAUGCAGCAACCAGCGCAACCAACCGCCGCAGCCGGAACGGUAGUUCCUGGAGUUAAAGUAGACCUAAGCAACCUCUUACCGACAACUAAGUAUGAGAGCUGUGCCGACGAGAUCAAGAAGGAGCUGGAAAUUUUCGAUAAUUAUGUUCUUACGCAAAUCAAAAUGUGUAAUGAAGUCGGAAACAUGAUCCCUAGCAUUGCGGCCCAAGGUGAAAUCAUUCCGAACGACGUGGAGUUUGUCCAAAGCAAACUAGAGACAAUGCAACAUGCACUGGAAAAUGAUGCCAGCGAUAUUGAUCAGCUACGGAGUCUUGUGGCCCGUGAUGCAGCUGAAGCGCAGGUGGGCUUCCGAGCAAUUGAUACCCUCAAGCUACCUUUGCAAUUCCAGUCUGCAGGGGGUUCUGGAUGGUGGUCUGUACAAGACCAGAAGUUGUCAGAUCGACAGUCGUUGCGAUCAACACGCAAAAACACCUUGGCCCUUCCCGAUGAUGUCGAAGGUGAUCCUUCUACGACUGUCAAUGGGGUGCCCAUCAAUCUAGUGGAUUACUUCUCUCAGCGGUCCGACGAGAUGGGCACGGUUCUCGACCGCUACAAGCAGAAUUUGAAAGAAAUCGAAGACCACCUUCAUGGAGUCGAGGCUACCUUGGAACGGCAGAUCCACGAAUUUGUGACUUCUCGAAGCCGCGAUGGAGCCGCUAGUGGAGCACCUAAAUCGGUACUCAAUGAUCUUGCCGUUGUGCUUGGGGACGUUGAGGCUGGCAUUCUAGGCGUUGCCAGUCGUCUCGGGGGAGUUACAGAACAGGUUCAAGAAGUGGUGCUGGGUCCACCAUCUUUUGGCGAGGGCAGACUCAAUUUGUAAUGAAUCAAUACUAUUCUUGUGCUGAUGUACAAUAUAAUGAAGCUUGCCCUACUUUACUUUUGAGGGCUUUGACGUUAUGGCUUGAGCAUGAUUUCGCGGUGAGGUGUUCGUGGUAGACUAGUUAACCGGUGCUAUUUAUUCCGAUACCAUCAAUCUGAAUUUCUUCACGUCAGCCCAGAAAAUUCCUUUUCUUG